AUGGCGGAUGGUCGCAAGGGGCCCUGGGUCCCACCUCAGAGAAUUGAAGACCUCUACGAGAGGACCAGUGGGAAUCAAUUUGCAAGCAUCAAUCGGCCAACUGCCGGCGCUCGGUAUGAGGCCAAGCUGGAAGGGGGCACAGAGCCCUUGCAGCUGUAUUCCUUGGCCACGCCCAAUGGCUGGAAGGUGGGAAUCCUGUUGGAGGAGCUGGAAGUCGCCUAUGACGCGCACGUGGUGAACAUCGGUGCUGGUGAGCAGUUCAGCAGUGGCUUUGUGGGUGCGAAUCCCAACUCCAAGAUCCCAGCUUUGAUUGAUCAUGACGGCCCCAAGAGCAACUCAAUUGCCAUUAUGGAAAGUGGGGCGAUUAUGCUUUACUUAGCGGAGAAGUAUCAGCGUUUCAUUCCACAUGAUGCCAGGGAGCGCUGCGAGUGCUUGCAGUGGCUCUUCUGGCAAGUCGGUGGUCAGGGGCCGAUGACUGGCAACUUUGGACAUUUUAAAGUCUAUGCCCCUGACCAUGAGGUCGAGGCGCGAGACUAUGGCGUGGCCAGAUAUGGCAUGGAGGUUCAAAGACUUUGUUCCGUGCUAGAGUUGCACCUCAGCGGCCUCGGCGACUUCUCUGGCGCGGCUGUUGCGCAAGGACCACCUCGAGAGUUCCUAGUAGGUGGUUCCUACUCCAUUGCAGAUAUGGCUUGCUUUCCCUGGGUCUACAUGCUGUAUGGCAAGGGCUAUAAUCGACCAGGGCAACCUGAUGCGAAGGUGGCGGCGCCGCCCGAAGAGACACGGCCGGAGGUGAGUGCGGUAAAUGAGGAGGAAGAGGAGGAUUGCAUUGACUUCACCGCGCUGACAGAGGCACAACAUGCAGGUGCCGAUGCGGCCGAGAGAAGGAAACGGAGAGCUGGCACCAAAGAGUCUGCCAAGCGUCGCAAACGUCAGAAGCGUGAAAACGACAUCCUCUGCGUAAAGCAAGCGGGUAUCGCGCUGCCAUCGUUGCACGAUGUCUUGAAGGGCAAUAGGAAGGCCAUUGUGAUUCCGUCUCUGAAGGAGGCGCUGCAGCAGCAAAACGCCACAGACCAGGAGUCAGCACCACUAGCAGCGACACCUGCUGCUCCAGCUGCUAGCCCUGCUAUGUCCCAGAGCGCAGGCGAAGCAUCGAGUGGGAGCCGCCCGGUGAACCGCGGAGUGUGUUAUGAUGUCGGGCAGCUCUGGGGUGAGAUUCCGAGUGUCCCACUUGGCCAUCGUGUGCCACCUGGUCUUGCUGCGUCUGAGAGAUCGGGCUCUGCUUGUCCCAAAAUUGGAUAA